CUAUGGCGGCGGCAGCGUUUAGAGCCAUGUUGUUGCCCGCGGCGCGGCGGCGGCUGUGGGGCUUCGCCGAAAGGAUCCUGGUCUGUGGCGCCGCCGGACAGUCAUCAUAUUUUGGAGGGAACAGACCAAGAAGUACACAAGCUGCUACACAGGUUGUUCUGAAUGUUCCUGAAACACGAGUAACAUGUUUGGAAAAUGGACUGAGAGUGGCCUCUGAAGACUCUGGGCUCUCAACGUGCACAGUUGGGCUGUGGAUUGAUGCUGGAAGCCGAUAUGAAAAUGAGAAGAAUAAUGGAACAGCUCACUUUCUGGAACAUAUGGCUUUUAAGGGCACCAAAAAGAGAUCCCAAUUAGACCUGGAACUUGAGAUUGAGAAUAUGGGUGCUCAUCUUAAUGCCUACACCUCCAGAGAGCAGACUGUGUACUAUGCCAAAGCGUUCUCUAAAGAUUUACCAAGAGGUACUGUGAUUGCUUACACUGCACAUGUGAUUUUCAUGAGGGUUCAGAAAUAAUUUAGUAGUUUUUGUGCCUGUUGUAAAAGUAACCUCUAGAAAUGUGAAAAAAUAAACUAAACUCCAGGUGAGGAGCAACUGUGCUUUUUUCAAAUAUGACAAAUGACAGAUAUCUACAGGCCUUAGUACUUGUGUAAACAGGAUUUAUACUUUAUUUUGGCGGUACUGGGGUUUGAACUCAGAGCUUUUGGUUACUUAGCAAGUGCUGUACCACUUGAGCCACACCUUUAGCCCUUUACAU